AUGCGAGCGCCCAGGCGGCGGCGGCGGCGCGGGGUGAGCUUUAUCCAGAAGGGACCAGCGGGCAGCUCCACCAUGUCGGACAGUGACCCGGGGGAGGAGGACGGCGCCACGUCCCCUGACCCCCUGCAGUCCAAGAGGAAGAGAAGGGGCAACCUGCCCAAGGAGUCCGUGAAGAUCCUGCGGGACUGGCUGUACGAGCACCGUUUCAACGCCUACCCCUCGGAGCAGGAGAAGCUCAGCCUCUCGGGGCAGACCAGCCUCUCUGUGCUGCAGAUCUGCAACUGGUUCAUCAAUGCCCGGAGGCGGCUGCUCCCGGACAUGCUGCGCAAGGACGGGAAGGACCCCAACCAGUUCACCAUCUCCCGCCGAGGGGGCAAAGCCGGCGACGUGGCCCUGCCGCGGGGGGCUGGCUCCGGGGUGCUGGUGGUCCCUCCCGUGGGGGCCUCCAAGGUGCUGUCGAUGUCGGUGUGCCCGCAGGUACUGUGCCACCCGGCCCAGGCGCUGGCGGUGGUGAGCACCCACAGCCCCGAGUGGGAGAAGCCCCCUGGGCCACGAGCGGAGCUGGACCCUGUCCCCAAAGCACCAGGGGGUGCCCCCAACAGCACCCUGACCCUGCUGGCACGGGCCGAGGCCGCCAGCCCCACCCCCGGACUCUUCAACACGCCACCCCCCACACCCCCCGAGCUCUUCGGGGAUGACUUCAGCAGCUUCCAGCUGCUGGUGGAGGUGGCUCUGCAGAAGGCGGCUGAGCUGGAGCGGCAGCGGCAGAGUGGGCAGCUGCCCCUGUCGCCCCACACCGAGCCCCCCGGAGCCUCCAAAUAACCCCUGGGCCGGGUUCCUCUGGAUGCCCU